AUGCGUAUCGGUCACUUAAAGGACCCAGCUAGGCCCUACAACAUUGCCGUAAGCGGGCCUAAAAAUUUACUUCUGCCAGAUAAAACAGCCCACAGCAGUCAUCCUCUUAGGAUGCGUACCACCAAAGGAGAUGUAAUUUGCUACUAUGGAAACAAAGGAGAACCAGAACCUGUUUUCCUAAAUCCUGGAAUAUAUGGAUUGAGUAAUUCUUUGUUGGAUACACCAUGGAAGAAACUUCAGUAUGGGAAGCAGCUGUUCACAGAAGUGGUCAAGAGAAGUCAAGAACUUACCAAAGAAGACUUGGUGCAGGAGCUUCUUACAGUGAUGAAUAAUCAAGACCCUCAAUUACCAGACCCUGCGAUUGAAGACCAAGGGAAGGAUUAUAUACGUCCUAUAUUGAACAAGUACGCAGCUGUAUGUGUUCGUUGCCCAGGUUAUGGAACAAGGACUAACACAGUCGUUCUCAUUGAUUCGGAAGGACGGGUUACAUUCACAGAGCGCAACAUGAUCAAUGCAGAUGUCAACCAGUGGAAAACAAGCACCUAUGAAUUCAAACUGCACACUUAACAACUUUCCAUUUGAAUGGUUUGUAAGAAAAGCAAUGAGAGAACAAGCCAUUAAGCUCUAGUAAAUGUUUUGUGUCAGCCUCCACAAGCUAAAAAUGGCAAGGAAAGCAAAAGUUUAUUUAA